CGUAGGCCUUUAUUUAGACACACGCCUGCGCUUAGCCAUGGGCCACUCUGUUCAAGGAGUGGAAAGGGUUCGCCCCUGCCUGAGGGCGUGGUGAGAGCUUCACCAUGCCGGGCAUGGUGCUGUUUGGCCGGCGCUGGUCCCUGGCCAGCGACGACUUGGUGUUCCCCGGGGUUUUCGAGCUGUUCCUGCGUGUGGCGUGGUGGGGUGGCAGUCUGACUUUAUAUCUCAUGCAUAGAAAGAAGCUGGACUGUCCCGGCGGAGUCUUGCUCAGCACUUAUUUGAUUGUGCUUCUUAUUCUCCUGGCAGUAAUCAUAGGUGUUGUGUUGGCCAUCACAUGUAUCAGCAUGAAAGGCACCAUUUGUAACCCUGGACCUCGGAAGUCUAUGUCCCAGCUGCUUUAUGUCCGCCUGGCCCUCUUCCUGCCAGAGAUGAUCUGGGCUUCUCUGGGGGCCGCCUGGGUGGCAAGAGGCAUCCAGUGUGACAGGACAGUUGUGAUUGGCAUCAUCACCACCGUCAUUGUCAGUUGGAUCGUCAUUGGGGCCACCGUGUUCUCCAUCAUCUUUGUCUUUGACCCGCUGGGGGGGAAAAUGACUCCAUACCCCUCUGCCUGUCCCGAUCACCUGGAUAGCAAUGAUUCAAACCAGUUAAUUAAUGGCCUGAAGACCGCAGCCAAGAGUGUGUGGGAAACCAGAAUCAAGUUCUUUUGCUGUUGCGUGGGAAACGACGAUAACACUCGAGUUGCUUUUUCGAGUAUGGCAGAGCUUUUCUCAACAUACUUUUCUGACACAGACCUGGUGCCCAGUGACAUUGCAGCUGGCCUCGCCCUUCUCCAUCAGCAACAGGACAGUAUCAGCAACAUCCAGGAGCCUCCGGAGGUUGUCGUCCACUCUCCAGGGCAACCUCAGGAAACUGACUUGGAUGUGGAACUGGAAAACUGUCAUCACUACAUGCCAUUUGCAGCAGCUGCCUAUGGGUGGCCCCUCUACAUCUACAGAAACCCGUUCACAGGGCUGUGCAGGAUAGGGGGUGACUGUUGCAGAAACAGAACGACAGACUAUGACUCAAUAGAAGGCGAUCAGCACAACUGCCACUUUGCCUCCAUCCUGAAGACCACAGGGCUACAGUACAGGGACUUCAUUCAUAUAAGCUUUCAUGACAAGGUAUAUGAGCUGCCCUUCUUAGUGGCCCUGGAUCACAGAAAAGAGGCUAUCGUGGUUGCCGUGAGAGGGACUAUGUCUCUGCAGGAUGUCCUGACCGAUCUGUCUGCAGAGAGUGAGAGCCUCGAGCUGGACAUUGAGCUACAGGACUGUGUAGCCCACAAGGGAAUUGCUCAGGCUGCCAGAUACAUUUAUCGCAGACUGACCAACGAUGGGAUACUGAGCCAAGCCUUCAGUGUCGCUCCGGAGUACCGGCUAGUCCUGGUGGGGCACAGCCUGGGGGCCGGAGUUUCAGCCCUGUUAGCCAUCAUGCUCCGAAGGGCCUACCCCCAAGUCCAUGCCUAUGCCUUCUCUCCACCCAGGGGACUGUUAAGCAAAUCCCUCUAUGAAUACUCCAAGGACUUCAUCGUGUCACUUGUUCUAGGAAUGGAUGUGAUUCCCAGGUUAAGUGUGACCAACAUGGAAGAUCUGAAGAGAAGGAUCCUGCGAGUGAUCGCUAACUGCAAUAAGCCAAAGUACAAGAUCUUGCUACAUGGCUGUUGGUAUGGACUGUUUGGAGGGAGCCCUGAUAAGUGUUCUACUGAACUGGAUGAGAGCAACCAGGUAACCCUGUCUCAGCCUCUUCUGGGGGAGCAGAGUCUGCUGACACGAUGCUCCCCAUGCUACAGCUUCUCCAGCAACUCCUCCCCAGACUCUCCCACCAAGUACCCACAUCUCUACCCACCCGGCAGGAUCAUCCACCUGGAGGAAGAGGGCAGCUCCGGGAGGUUUGGCUGCUGUUCUGCUGCUCAGUACAGGGCAAGGUGGGCAAAGGAAGCAGAAUUUGGCAAGAUCCUAAUAGGCCCAAAGAUGCUGAUAGACCACAUGCCCGACAUUGUGACUCGGGCCCUGAACAGUGCAGUUGCCAACAGAGCAGCCUGUGUCUCCUGCCAGGGGCAAGGCAGCUCUGUCAGGGAUGUGGCAUGACCAGGCCCAGUACCCUUUUGCUUAGAUUGACUGUGAAUGGCUUCUAUGAGGCUGGAAUGCUGGCGUCUGUCAACAGUAAGCUCACACGCCUCGGUAGAAUGGGCUUUAAAAUGACUGCAAGAUUUAUAGGAACCACUUUUGACUAGAGUAUUACUAGGAUCAGAGCCUGUGGAGCAUGACAAGGUGCUAGACUCCUGGGACAGCUAAUGUGGAGGAAGCCCCAGGAGGGCAGGAACCCCUCAUUAGACUCUAGGUGGAUCUAUAGCAUCUCCAAACCCCAUCAGGGUCUUGUCCUGCUGUUGAUGUGAGUCUGAAUCUAGACGACAGGUGUGCACUUUAUUUUUUUUACCUGCAUCGUUCCUCAUGGGGGCACUAAGAGCAGCCCUGAGCUCCUCAGCCCAGCGCCCCAGCUCCUCAUUUACAACACAAAUGAACUGUUUAAUUUUCACAUUUGCUUAACUCUCAUGUAUUACUCUAGCUCUUACUCCUCGUGUAUGGGUCCAGUUCUGGGGCCAGACAAUGGGCUGAAGUGAUUUUGUAAAAAUAAAGCAAUUGCUAUACCA